AUGGGCUCGGCUAGCCAGUCUUGGGACUUUGUUGUUGUUGGUGGUGGUCCGGCGGGAUGUGCUCUUGCUGCAAGGCUUGCUCGGUCGUCUAUGCGACCAAAGGUGCUCCUUUUGGAGGCUGGAAAACGCAACGAUGACAAAGACCUGAAGGUCGAUGGUCAAAGAUGGAACACAUUUAUGAAUGGUGACCUGAACUGGGGGUACAAAACGACCCCUCAAGAGCAAUGCUAUGGACGCCAGAUUGACUACUCGCGCGGAAAAGUGCUGGGUGGCAGCAGUGCCAUCAACUUCGGUGUGUAUACCGUAGGUGCCCGGGAUGACUAUAACCAAUGGGCAUCUGCGGUCGGGGACGAUUUCUUCAAAUGGGAGCGCAUGCAGCCGCGAUUCAAGAGCUUGGAAUCAUUCAGCGGUGCUAUCGCUGAGACAAAGAAUGCUAAAUAUGCCGCUCCCAACACUUUUGACCAUGGAUCCCGCGGUGGUCUUAAAGUUGGCUACGCUGCUGAAUGGGAACAAGACUUGCCUCUUGUGAUGGAUGCUUUCGAGCAGGCGGGACUUCCUCGAAACCCGGAUCAGAACUCUGGGAACCCUCUUGGAAUGGCCCUUGUUAUCAACUCUUCUCAUCAGGGCCAGAGAGUCACUGCCAGUGACCUUUUGCUUGGCGCUCCUGAUAAUUUGACGGUCAUGACUGAGGCGCCAAUUCAGCGAGUUAUUCUCGAUGGCAAAAAGGCCGUCGGUGUGGAGUCCAGGGGCAAGAAGUUUUUCGCAUCCAAGGAGGUUGUCUUGACUACAGGCUCCCUUGAUACCCCCAAGAUCUUGAUGCAUUCGGGUAUUGGACCUGCGCAGGAGCUUCAACAGUUCCAGAUUCCGGUGGUCCUUGACGUGCCUGCUCUCGGUAAAGGUCUCCGUGAUCAUUUCUUUGCCCCGUUGUGCUUCCAGCGCAAACCGGAGACAAAUGACCGCAAUGCCUUCUUCGGCAACCCAGCCGCUAUGGAUGCCGCCAUGGAACAGUGGAGAAAAGACGGCACCGGACCCUGGGCAAAGCAUUCGUGCCAGAUCGCAGGUGGGUGGUUCAAGUCGGACCGCGUCACAUCUUCGGCGGAGUUCAAGGCCCUUCCCCCAGCAGUCCAGGACUUCAUGAAGCGUGAAACCGUGCCUCAGUAUGAAUUCUUGUCGCAUUUCCCCCUUCACCUCCUCGACCCCAACUUCACGAAAGACUACAGCUACGUCUGCUUGCUCGUGUUCUUGAUGAACGAGCAAUCCAGCGGUGAAGUUCGACUGCAGUCCUCGAACCCAGACGAGCCUCUUCUCUUCGACCCGAAGGUUCUUUCCCACCCAUUUGAUCGACGCGCAUGCAUCGAAAUCUACCGACAGGCGAUGGAGGUGUGCAACCACGAGUCGUUCAAGAAGGACAAUGUUUCCACGAUGAUUGCGCCCGCUUCGGAUUCCGACGAGGACAUUUUGGAGCAUUGGAGGAACACCAUCGGCUCUAGCUGGCACAUGACCGGUACAGCGAAGAUGGGCAAGUCUGGCGACGCUGACGCGGUGGUGGACACCAAGUUCCGAGUCUUGGGCAUUGAGAACCUGCGCAUCGGUGACAUGAGUGUCGUACCUGUCUUAACAAACAACCACACCCAAGCAACCGCUUACGUGACUGGUGUGACUUGUGCGGAUGCUUUGAUUGCGGAUUAUGACCUCGAUAUCCAGGCCCGGCUGUGA